GAACUGGUCACUCAGAAAUGACAGAGCGUUGAUGAGCUCCUCUGGAUCCAUUUCUUCUAUCUCUUUCAGCAGGUGGUCAUGUCUGAUUCCCAAGUCCUUCUUCAGGGCGUUUGCAUACAGCCUGAUGGUCCCAGAAUAGCCAUGCUUUAGCCAGAUUACCCAGGUUGGCCUACAUUGCAGAUUAGGAAAGCAGUGCCCACCAGGGGGCCUGCUGGAGAGCUGCCCACGCAGAGUGGCCUGUUCUCCCGGCCCUCACUGCUGCUUGGGGACCUCCACACAGAGAGAGCGCUGCAGGGGCAGGCCAGCUCAUCACACGCGCGUCUGGGCUCUGCCUCCCUCUGGGGCAGUGCAUAGCCUGCCAGCCCCUUAGCUUAGUGCCAGCCUUGAUUCCUGUCUUCUGAGGCUUCCAGUGCACCUAAGCUUCCUCAGCUCGUCUUGUCACAUGGCUGGGGAGGCAGGUGCACUUCUCGGGUGAGGAGCAGCGUUUCCCUCUGCUGAGCAGGUGGUGCGGGCUGCACUGGGAGGGAUUUAGUGCUCAGACAGUGGGGAGCAGGCAAGGAUUACCACUCUCUCAGCUCAGCCAGUGCAGCCCCAAGCUGAGCACAGAGGCUACUCAGAAGGGAUGUCAGGACCAAGGCCCGUUGUCCUGAGCGGACCCUCAGGGGCUGGGAAGAGCACCCUACUGAAGAAACUCCUGCAGGAGCAUGGCAGCAUCUUUGGCUUCAGCGUGUCCCACACGACAAGGGACCCGAGGCCAGGAGAGGAGAACGGCAAAGAUUACUACUUUGUGACCAGGGAGGUGAUGCAGCGCGACAUUGCUGCUGGAGACUUCAUCGAGCACGCUGAGUUCUCAGGGAACUUGUAUGGGACCAGCAAGGCCGCCGUGCGGGCCGUGCAGGCCAUGAACCGCAUCUGCGUGCUGGACGUGGACCUGCAGGGCGUGCGCAACAUCAAGAAGACCGACCUGCGGCCCAUCUACAUCUUCGUGCAGCCGCCCUCACUGGAUGUCCUGGAGCAGCGGCUGCGACAGCGGAACACAGAGACAGAGGAGAGCCUGGCCAAGCGUCUGGCGGCUGCCCGGGCUGACAUGGAGAGCAGAAAUAAAGAAGGCUCAAGGCACUGGUCAGUCCUGAGGAGGCCCGCCAGCCGUGUCCUCUCAGGCUUCCUCCCCCCCGUGCCCUGUCAACCCCUUACCCGUGGAAGCCAGGCCAACAUCCAAAUAAAGAACUGCUGGGUUAGAGUGUCCUUGAGCCUUUGGAUCAUGGCCCUGGGUGGGUGGGUCCACAGUAUACCAUUCCAGAGCCACCCCGUCCCCACUCUGGACAGCCCCGCUCUGACUGGCCACCCCCAGAGGGCAGCAGCCUCCUUACACCUGUGCUCUGGGCUGCCGGCCCCCAGAGAGGCUGCUCCUGAGCUGCCGCACACUCCUUGCCCCGGACUCCCCCCAGGUGGGUGCAGGACCUCAUCUCGCACUGUCUCUGAGUUGCCGUCGAGGCUAGGGUCAGAAGGUCCUGGGGCUCAUCCUUCUCAAACCACUCCUCCUCCCAGUCCCUGACCUGGGCUGAGAGUG